CUUUUUUUUUUUUUUUUUGGUGGAGAUGAAGGGGUGGGUCUAUGGUACAUCACCUGAGUUGUGGGGUAAAUGUAGAGAGUGUCAAUCAAAGGCAGAGCUCUCAGAGCUGGGAAGGAGGCUCUAGAUGGCGGCUGUGCCUUAGAGAGAGCGCGCUCUGCUCCCUGCCUUCGCCUCACUUUACGCAACUUUCCCUAACUUUCGGGCAGCCUCAGGGGGCCCCCGCAGCCCCCUGCCUCUCCUAGUGACUUACGGGGGUCGAUUCGAACCUUUUUAAGGGAGAAAAGCAGCUUUUAGGAGCUUUCUUUUCGUGCCUUGUUGGAAAGAAGCAGCCGUACUGAGAGCCCAGGUCGUUGUUUUUUCCAGCUUAGAAGCCAUGGCGCACCUCCAUUUUUGUGCGCUCUCCUAAUGAGGUUUUUUUCCUUCCGGACCCGUUUUAGUAUUAAUUGUUGCUUUAUUUUUUUGGCCAGUUAACAUAUUGGAGGAUUAUUUUAUUUAUUUUUCGUUUUUGUAACGGAGAAUUUUGUUUUUAUUUUUAAUUAUUUGGGAUCUGAUAUUUUUCUACUACUAGAUAGGACUCUUGCUUUGGACCUACUACAUGGAUCAGUAAAUACCUGGGCACAGGACUUCAAAGCAAACACAGAUUCCCCCUCCCCCUUAAUAUUUAAGAAUUAAAAGAUGAUGAGAAAUAAGGACAAAAGCCAAGAGGAGGACAGUUCGCUACACAGCAAUGCAUCGAGUCACUCAGCAUCUGAAGAAGCUUCCGGUUCAGACUCAGGCAGCCAGUCGGAGAGUGAGCAGGGCAGUGAUCCAGGAAGUGGACAUGGCAGUGAGUCAAAUAGCAGUUCUGAGUCUUCAGAGAGCCAGUCGGAAUCUGAAAGUGAGUCGGCGGGUUCCAAAUCCCAGCCAGUCCUUCCAGAAGCCAAAGAGAAGCCAGCCUCUAAGAAGGAACGGAUAGCGGAUGUGAAGAAGAUGUGGGAAGAAUAUCCUGAUGUUUAUGGGGUUAGGAGGUCAAACCGAAGCAGACAAGAACCAUCACGAUUUAAUAUUAAGGAGGAGGCAAGUAGCGGGUCUGAGAGUGGGAGCCCAAAAAGAAGAGGCCAGAGGCAGCUGAAGAAACAAGAAAAAUGGAAACGGGAACCCUCAGAAGAUGAACAGGAACAAGGCACCAGUGCAGAGAGCGAACCAGAGCAAAAAAAAGUGAAAGCCAGAAGACCUGUCCCCAGAAGAACAGUGCCCAAACCUCGUGUUAAAAAGCAGCCGAAGACUCAGCGUGGAAAGAGAAAAAGGCAGGAUUCUUCUGAUGACGAUGAUGAAGAUGACGAAGCUCCUAAAAGGCAGACUCGUCGCAGAGCGGCUAAAAAUGUUAGUUACAAGGAAGACGAUGACUUUGAGACCGACUCCGACGACCUCAUUGAGAUGACUGGAGAAGGAGCCGAUGAGCAGCAGGAUAAUAGUGAAACUAUUGAAAAGGUCUUAGACUCAAGGCUGGGAAAGAAAGGAGCCACUGGAGCUUCUACUACUGUAUAUGCGAUCGAAGCUAAUGGAGACCCUAGUGGUGACUUUGACACUGAAAAGGAUGAAGGCGAAGUCCAGUACCUCAUCAAGUGGAAGGGUUGGUCUUACAUCCACAGCACAUGGGAGAGCGAAGAAUCCUUACAGCAGCAGAAAGUGAAGGGCCUAAAAAAAUUAGAGAACUUCAAGAAGAAAGAGGAUGAAAUCAAGCAAUGGUUAGGAAAAGUCUCUCCUGAAGAUGUGGAAUAUUUUAACUGCCAACAAGAGCUGGCCUCAGAGUUGAACAAACAGUAUCAGAUAGUUGAAAGAGUCAUUGCUGUGAAGACAAGCAAAUCUACACUGGGUCAGACAGAUUUUCCAGCUCAUAGUCGGAAGCCGGCACCUUCAAAUGAACCUGAAUAUCUGUGCAAAUGGAUGGGAUUGCCCUAUUCAGAGUGUAGCUGGGAAGAUGAAGCCUUGAUCGGCAGGAAGUCCCAGAGCUGCAUUGACAGCUUCCAUAGUCGGAACAACUCUAAAACCAUCCCGACGAGAGAAUGCAAGGCCUUGAAGCAGAGACCACGAUUUGUGGCUUUAAAGAAACAACCGGCAUAUUUAGGAGGGGAGAAUCUGGAGCUCCGUGACUAUCAGCUAGAAGGCCUCAACUGGCUUGCUCAUUCCUGGUGCAAAAGUAACAGUGUAAUCCUUGCUGAUGAAAUGGGCCUAGGAAAGACCAUCCAGACCAUAUCAUUCCUCUCCUACCUGUUCCACCAACACCAGCUGUAUGGCCCCUUUCUUAUAGUCGUCCCUUUAUCCACCCUCACCUCAUGGCAGAGGGAGUUUGAAAUCUGGGCACCAGAGAUUAACGUAGUGGUUUACAUAGGUGACCUGAUGAGCAGAAAUACGAUACGGGAGUAUGAAUGGAUUCAUUCUCAGACUAAAAGACUCAAGUUCAAUGCACUUAUAACAACAUAUGAGAUCCUCUUAAAAGAUAAGACUGUGCUGGGCAGUAUUAACUGGGCCUUUCUGGGAGUGGAUGAAGCCCAUCGGUUGAAGAAUGAUGACUCUUUAUUGUAUAAAACUCUGAUUGAUUUCAAGUCCCACCAUAGGCUCCUGAUUACGGGGACCCCUCUUCAGAAUUCCCUCAAAGAGCUCUGGUCCUUGCUGCACUUUAUUAUGCCGGAGAAGUUUGAAUUCUGGGAAGAUUUUGAAGAAGACCAUGGGAAAGGGAGGGAGAAUGGCUACCAGAGUCUCCAUAAGGUCCUGGAGCCCUUCCUCCUCCGGAGGGUCAAAAAGGAUGUGGAGAAAUCCCUUCCUGCCAAAGUGGAACAGAUCCUCAGGGUGGAGAUGUCGGCUCUGCAGAAGCAGUAUUACAAAUGGAUUCUGACCAGGAACUACAAGGCUCUUGCCAAAGGGACAAGAGGUAGCACAUCUGGUUUCCUGAAUAUUGUGAUGGAGUUGAAAAAGUGCUGUAACCACUGCUACCUGAUCAAGCCCCCCGAGGAGAAUGAGCGAGAGAAUGGGCAGGAGGUUCUUCUGUCCCUGAUCAGGAGCAGUGGGAAGCUGAUUCUAUUAGAUAAGCUGCUGACAAGACUUCGAGAAAGGGGCAACAGAGUCCUUAUUUUCUCCCAGAUGGUCAGAAUGUUGGACAUCCUGGCCGAGUACUUGACGAUCAAGCACUAUCCUUUCCAGCGUUUGGAUGGUUCCAUCAAGGGAGAAAUCCGAAAACAGGCACUGGACCACUUCAAUGCAGAUGGGUCUGAGGACUUCUGUUUCCUGCUCUCGACAAGGGCUGGUGGCCUGGGAAUCAAUCUGGCUUCGGCGGACACAGUUGUCAUCUUUGACUCCGACUGGAACCCCCAGAACGACUUGCAGGCACAAGCCCGAGCCCAUAGAAUUGGUCAGAAGAAGCAGGUAAAUAUUUACCGCUUGGUUACAAAGGGGACUGUGGAAGAGGAGAUCAUCGAACGGGCCAAAAAGAAGAUGGUAUUGGACCAUCUGGUGAUUCAGCGUAUGGAUACCACUGGCCGGACAGUUCUGGAAAACAACUCAGGAAGGUCCAACUCAAAUCCUUUUAAUAAAGAAGAGCUGACAGCUAUUUUGAAAUUUGGAGCAGAGGAUCUCUUCAAAGAACUGGAAGGGGAGGAGUCAGAGCCUCAGGAAAUGGACAUAGAUGAAAUUUUGCGCUUGGCUGAAACCAGAGAGAAUGAAGUGUCAACAAGUGCAACAGAUGAGCUUCUGUCGCAGUUUAAGGUUGCCAACUUCGCAACAAUGGAAGACGAAGAAGAGCUGGAAGAGCGUCCUCACAAGGACUGGGAUGAGAUCAUUCCGGAGGAGCAGAGGAAAAAAGUAGAGGAGGAAGAGCGUCAGAAAGAGCUGGAAGAAAUUUACAUGCUUCCUCGAAUUCGGAGUUCCACUAAAAAGGCUCAGACAAAUGACAGUGACUCUGACACUGAGUCUAAGAGGCAGGCGCAGAGAUCCUCUGCCUCUGAGAGCGAGACGGAUGACUCUGAUGAUGACAAGAAGCCGAAGCGCAGAGGGCGCCCCCGAAGCGUGCGGAAGGACCUUGUCGAGGGAUUUACUGACGCUGAGAUCCGAAGGUUCAUCAAGGCAUAUAAGAAGUUUGGUCUCCCUCUUGAACGGCUGGAGUGCAUAGCACGAGAUGCUGAGCUGGUAGAUAAGUCUGUGGCAGAUCUGAAACGCCUGGGGGAACUGAUUCACAACAGCUGUGUGUCAGCCAUGCAGGAGUACGAAGAGCAGCUGAAGGAAAACGCCAGCGAGGGGAAAGGACCAGGGAAAAAGAGAGGCCCAACAAUCAAAAUAUCGGGGGUCCAGGUUAAUGUGAAAUCCAUUAUACAACAUGAGGAAGAGUUUGAGAUGCUGCACAAAUCGAUCCCUGUGGACCCCGAAGAAAAAAAAAAAUACUGCUUAACUUGUCGAGUGAAAGCUGCACAUUUUGAUGUGGAGUGGGGGGUGGAGGAUGAUUCGCGACUCCUGCUGGGAAUUUAUGAACAUGGCUAUGGAAACUGGGAGCUAAUUAAGACCGACCCAGAGCUUAAGUUAACUGACAAAAUUCUGCCCGUGGAGACAGAUAAAAAACCUCAGGGGAAGCAGCUGCAGACCCGAGCGGACUACUUGCUGAAGUUGCUCAGGAAGAGUCUGGAGAAGAAGGGGGCCGUGACCAGCGGGGAAGAGGCCAAAUUAAAGAAGCGGAAGCCUCGAGUAAAGAAAGAAAACAAAGAACCCAGGCUGAAAGAUGAGCAUGGGGUUGAGUUUUCAUCUCCUAGACAUUCAGACAAUCCAUCAGAAGAGGGAGAAGUAAAGGAUGAUGGCUUAGAGAAAAGUCCAAUGAAAAAGAAACAGAAGAAGAAAGAGAACAAGGAGAACAAGGAGAAACAAAUGAGUUCUAGGAAAGACAAAGAAGGGGACAAGGAAAGGAAGAAGUCAAAAGAUAAGAAAGAGAAGCCUAAAGGUGGUGAUGCCAAAUCUUCAAGUAAAUCGAAGCGAUCUCAGGGUCCUGUCCAUAUUACAGCAGGAAGUGAGCCUGUCCCCAUUGGAGAGGAUGAGGAUGAUGAUCUGGACCAGGAGACAUUCAGCAUAUGCAAAGAGCGGAUGAGGCCAGUGAAAAAGGCUCUGAAGCAGCUGGACAAACCCGACAAGGGGCUCAGUGUGCAGGAACAGCUAGAGCACACCCGAAACUGCCUGCUGAAGAUCGGGGACCGGAUAGCCGAGUGCCUUAAAGCCUAUUCAGACCAGGAGCACAUCAAACUCUGGAGAAGGAACCUAUGGAUUUUUGUUUCCAAGUUUACAGAAUUUGAUGCUCGAAAAUUGCAUAAGUUAUACAAGAUGGCCCAUAAGAAAAGAUCUCAAGAAGAGGAGGAGCAAAAGAAGAAAGAUGAUGUGAUUGGUGGAAAGAAGCCGUUUCGGCCAGAGGCCUCAGGCUCCAGCCGGGACUCCCUAAUAUCUCAGUCCCACACCCCGCACAACCUUCACCCUCAGAAGCCUCACUUGCCCGCCUCCCACGGCCCACAGAUGCACGGACACCCACGAGAUAACUACAAUCACCCCAACAAGAGACACUUCAGUAACGCAGAUCGAGGAGACUGGCAGAGGGAAAGAAAGUUCAACUAUGGUGGGGGCAACAAUCCUCCGUGGGGUAGCGACAGGCACCAUCAGUACGAGCAGCACUGGUACAAGGACCACCAUUAUGGGGACCGGCGACACAUGGAUGCCCACCGCUCUGGGAGCUAUAGACCCAACAACUUGUCCAGAAAGAGACCUUAUGACCAGUACAGCAGUGACCGAGACCACCGGGGACACAGAGAUUACUACGACAGGCACCAUCAUGACUCCAAGCGGAGGAGAUCUGAUGAAUUUCGGCCUCAAAAUUAUCACCAGCAGGAUUUCCGACGAAUGUCUGACCACCGCCCCCCUAUGGGCUACCAUGGCCAAGGACCCUCGGACCAUUACCGCUCUUUCCACACAGACAAAUUGGGGGAAUAUAAACAGCCCCUGCCCCCCCUGCACCCCGCAGUCUCAGACCCUCGCUCGCCCCCUUCUCAGAAAUCUCCCCAUGAUUCCAAGUCACCCCUGGAUCACAGGUCUCCGUUGGAGAGAUCACUAGAACAGAAAAACAACCCAGAUUAUAACUGGAAUGUUCGGAAAACAUAAAGGACAGCUGGGGAAAAAGGGGAGAGCAAGAGUCAUUAAGCACCUGGAUAUUUUUGGUCUGAUCCAAUGGGAGCCAGUUAUCUAGACCAGUGAGUGGAGUUUCUGGACAUGCUGCUGCUGUCAGCUUGCCGGCCGAAGGAGCGCCUCGAGGAGUGGGGGGCCUUUCACUCGGUCCAGCUUGGGUUUGGGUCGCCACUCCUGCACUUUGACACCCCAUCCCAUUCUAGCCUGGUUCUAGCCUGUCACUGCGAUGGGUGCUAGGAGGAAGAGGUGACUUGUGUGUACCAGCUUCGCGGGCUGUGUUUCCCCAGUGAAGGAAGACGGGAUCUUAGAGUCGUGAUAUUUUGUUGCCGGGGUCCGCGCGCCCUGAGCCUGGGUGUGGGGGGCUGGGUAGGAGCGUGUGUGUGCAGGCUGCCGGGACCUGCUGGACGGCACACGAUUGCUUCACUGUGACGUGACAUGCUGCUGACAGGGAGCGGGGCUUGGGUCUCGCCUCGUGGGACUUAAAGGGGAGUGGGCACACUCCUCAGACAUGUUCUUGGGAGAAACCAUACACUUGGGCCUCAGCAUGACAUAUGUGGUACAGGAGGACAGAGGGGAACAGCUUCCACGGCGGCCCCUUCCUGACCGACACUAAUUUUUCCCACACUAUCUAUACAUUUCAAAGGCUUGGUCUCCGCCGUGGGCCUCCUUCGCCCUGGUGCCAGGGAGGCGAGGGCCCGUCUGCGGACUUCUGAGUACUGUGAGCAGCUGGCACUGGCGUUGGCGUGGGUCUUCCUUGGUUGGGAGUGGGCUGAAAGCGGGGCUGGGGUGGGGGCUGUGUGGCCAGGCACCCGGAAUCCCUGGUGGAUUUCUGAUUCUGGGACGAGAAGAGUCCUUUGAGGGCCGGGGGGCGGCGGGGGAGGCUUGGUGCUGGCAGGUGCCAAGGGAGGGGGGUACGGGUGCAGGUGGGGAGUGGGUCUCGUGGGGAGAGGGGUCUUGGGGUGUUGUGCCGGGUCAGCCUCUGUAGCCGCCUUGUAGGCACUUUAGUUUCCUCUGCCCAGCGUGACGCGGAAUACACGUCUGCUGACCCCGUGUGGCGGGUGGACCGGUGAGGCUCAGCGACCUGCGGGGAACAGGCUCCCACAGCUAGGCAGGCAGCAGUAGACUUGAACUCCAGUGUUGUUUAGAAUGAGAUCAAAUAAAGUACAAACCUAACUUAAGAGAUUUUGCAAACUAGGAAGCCUCCAAGGCCAGGGGACUGCGUGGCGGUCAGAGUGGUGCAGGGCCGGACGGAGUCCGGGGGCGGGCUGGUUGCACCAGUUCAUUAGGCUGCUUUGGUUCUCCUGAUGCUGGGCCUUCCGUUCUCCUUUCAAAAUACCGCUUGCCAGUAUUGUGUGAAUAUCCAAAGGCCUUUCUAGGUGGACGUGCUGACUUGAACCUACACCGUGCCUAAACGUGUCCAGGCUCAGAGCUGGUGAGAAGCUUCCCGUUGGGCACGCACAGGGUUCAACUCCCUGAACUAACCUGUGAGGAUGUCACGAAAUGAUCAUCACUUACCCGCCGGUACCCUGGGCAGCACCAUUAAUGCCUUCACUAGUAAAGCCCCCAGUCCCAGCGCCUUAGUGGAGCCGACACGGCUCUGCGGGGUCAUCGCUGCUCACUCUGCGCGGCGCCCUGGGGCAGGCCAGCGUCUGGGUCCUCACAGCUUGUGCUGGGAGUAGUGGGCCUGCCCCGUCCUUAUUUAUCUCCUCAUGGUACUAGGGAUGUUCAGCGUGGGCUCAAAGGGGGUCAGCAUGCCCGGAGCACAGCGCAAAGGAACGCGUAGGAGCCCCUGGCCAGGGUCGUCCCACGGCGACUGCUGGGUGAGAGAAGAUUGUGUCUGCUGUGGCCACCACCACCUCAGGUUCCUGCUGACAGUACUGACACUACCCUGUGUUUCUCUUGCCCAGGCCGAAGUGGAAGGCUAGGUUGGCUUGCCAGGUCCUUUGGGGUGGCGGGGGGGGGGGGGGAUGAGCACCAGCACGUGUCUCCCCGCGGGAGGUCAGGCUGUGUCCUCUGGGAGGCGCGGCAUCCCCCUUCCCUUACGGGAAGCUGGGAGGAAUUACCAGAGGCCCUGAAUUUCAGGGCUCAGCGAGGGUGAUUGUCUCUGAGGUUGAUAGGAGAUGUGAGUUAUUCCCAAAGAUGUCUCAUCAUGAAGAAAAAGGAACUUCCUUUUGUUUACAUUCAGGACUUGUAGUGCCAUAUGAUGUAGCAAAAGGCAAUAUUCGCCAGAUCAGUGUUACAUUGAUUAUAAAAUUACAGUAUCCCCAUAAAAGCAUCUAUUUUAGGUGUUGAAGUAUGUUUGAAGACUAGGUUGGGAAAAAGGAGGCAUUUCCUCAUUGACCGAAAUCAGUAUGAAUACUGUAUGCUCUUAUCAGAAACAGAUUUGCACAGGUAGGAAUUCUCUCCCUUGCGGGUGGGAUAAACUGCCCCAGGAACCCGUGAGGGCGGCGGUCCAUGGAGCCUGGCUUUGAAGGAAUUCAUAGUCGGGUAGAAACAGCGGGGGUCGAGGAAGAGGGACGUUCGCAUCAUGUGAGAUCUGACGAGGAUUAACGCGGUGUACCGCAGCCCUGGGAAAGGGUGCCGUGAAAGCCCAGGUACAUCACUGUGGUCUUAGAGACGGCUGCAGAGAGACAGACAGAUCCUCUGCAGAGCCUGAUCUGAUGGCCCCAGGGCGGCCCCCCGCCCCUUCUAGUCAUUCCUUUAGCCCUUCCACGGGAAACCAGAACACUGCUCCCACCGUGCUGCAGACAUUGUCACCUGAUGCCCGAGAGCCGCAUCAGGACGUGUGGUGCACACGCGAGUCCGCUACGAAUUCACACAGGGACACUGGAAUCCUAAAGACCAAAAUCCACUUGUCAGCAGGAGCGGGGGCCCAGGGCCCAGCGCCAGCGGUCUUCCGGCUUGUCUGAGGGCUGCCGUGUCGGGCGAGGAGAGCCAGGCCAAGGGUCCAGGCUGCUUUAGUCCGUCCGGACCCCACGCGUUUGGGGACGGAUGGUUUUUCUUUAUUGUAAAAUUGUGGACUUUUAAAACCUGUUGACUAAACAGUAAUUAAUUUAUAUUUGUGAAAAAUGCCACUGUCCUAGUGAUUUCUGAUGUAAAUAAUGUUGUUUAUAUAGUAUGUAUUAAAUUUUCCUACAUUGUAAAACUGCUGUACUUUUGAUUCUUGUAUAUUAAAAAGUGUUACUAAGGA